GGUCGAAGUAGUUGAUGAUCACUUCGUUUGUGGUUGUGGGCACAUUUUCGUUUAUUCUCUAAGCGAAGUCCUACAGUUCUAUCACCUUUCUUUGCUCACCUCCAGUAACCCUUGUAUAUUGGGGCCAAAAGCUAUCAAGCAGCCGGUAGAUUUCCCGCCUUUGGAGGACAAAUCAUUUGCAUCCACCGGUGAGUCAAUUACAAACCUUUUCGUUCGCUUUCUUUGUAUUUUUUUUCCUCUAAUUGUGAAUCUCGAAGCUUCUAUGUCCAAAGCGCUACAUUUUUACAUUUUAUGGCCUGUUUAUCAUAUAGCUCACAUUGUUCGCAAUUAUCCAUUGAAUGCAUCCCUAAACAGGACGAUUUAUAUUCAAUUAUCUGCUUCGAGUAUUAAGAUAAAAUGCUUUGUCUUCAGUGCACGCGAAUUGGCCCCAUGCGUUUGUUAUUGUUUAUGUUUAUGAACACUGUCUGUCCUUAAAUUGUAUUUUGGUUCAUAAUAUACACACACAGGCAAAACAAAAUAUAUUAAGCCCAAUAUACACAGGGUUGGCUGCCAUCUGAAUUUCGUUAAUUUGUGAAAACGCCGCUACAAUUGCGCUCAUAUUUUUGUUCCUUGAAGUCGACAAGGCUGUCGCGUGCUACAAUGCUGAGUGAGCGAAAUAGUAUUAAGCUGGGUAUUACAAAAAAUCAAUGGCCCUUACCAGAUAUCCCACACGAGCUAACACUGGACAUGCAAGCUACUAUAGUUGUUCAUCUCGGUCCGGCAAGUGGGGAACAGGGAAUAGUGAAGGUAAAAUGAACAGUGGUUACUGUUGAUCCCCUGUCCACAUAGUAAUAAGCGAUUACCGCAUUCGAGUUAGAGUGAUAAAAAAUUUAGUAUUUUUUUUAUUGGCAUUCUUGGGCAGUGGCAUGGCUUGGAUAGAAAUUCUUCUGAACUUUUUAUUUAGUGAGGAAUGUGGAGUUGCAAAUAGGUGUUGUGCGGCUAGGAGAGAACCCUGGGAACGAGGUUGGUCUUGUGGCCAGGGGAAUUCUUUUAUGCCUGCUAAAUAGCAUACACUAGUCUUCCUUUUUACAAUAUUAUUGGAGUCUAUAUGAUUCAGGUACUUCUGCAUUGCUGUAUAUACAUGUAUAUCACAAUGCUUCUUACUGCAAUAUUAUCACUUCAUAAGUAUGACCUGCUUGCAUUAAAUAUAUUACAUCAAAACUUUGUUGGUGUAAUGUUUGAAGUCCUUCGAUUGUUAUUUGAAACUAAUUUUUUCACAAUCGAUAGAUCAUUUUUUACAUGACAGAAGCACUCGUCUAGAAAAGGGAUGCAUCUGCGAUACUCAUACAGAAUUUUGAAAAAUAAACAAACGAAGAAAACAAGUUGGGCCAUUUGCACCUUCUGCUCCCAGAUGUCAGAUUUUAUCUCCCCAGACCCUCCCCAGGUCAUGUUCCUCUUUCUUAAGGGAGAUUGGACUAUGGAGGAAAUAGGUUAACAAGAGGCCAAACACUUGUCGAACAUUUGUUGAUGCUAUUAUAGAAAUUAAGAGGGUAAUUAUUUCAGCACAUGUUUCGAAGGCCACCCCAAACAGAGCCAAUGGUGGAACCUCGACACUCGCCGGGGGGGGGUACUGGUUUUCCAGCAGUUUACUCUAAUAUAGGGUAUAUAAAUCAGAGCCUUUGGGUCUAGAAUACUGAGGGUAUCAUUUUUCAGGAAACUGAUCAGUUGGUUGAAGAUUUUAUCUAGACUAGGGAUUGUGGUAUAAGGUUUUGUUUUGGCUAGGCUACUGUGCUAGUGACCUCAGUAGUUUCUGGAAAACAGCUACUCUAGGAUAGGAGGGAUUUGAGGAGUUUUACUCUAGUAUAGGGUAGCAAAAUUCAGCUGAACUAGCUCUGGUAUAGGUUAAGGGUCCCAACGGCACAUCCCCACCCAGAAAUUCCUAAAGUCACCCCCCCGGGCCUCGACAUAACGAAGGGCCAAGGGACUGGCAAAAUUUGUACGCUAUAACGAGGUUUCGUCAUAUCGAAGUUCUGUUUCAUAUUUACUAUUACUGGGUUAAAGUUAAUUCUUUCUUUAUACCCAGGAAUUCGUUAUUUCGAGUUUCGUUUUGUCCGCAACGUUCUGUCUGAUUUAUUGGCAAUUCGUUUCAAGUGGAAGGUGUUGUGUCUGACCUUGGUAAAAGCAAUUCUCGGAAGAAUUGUUUCAUACUGUCCAUGGAUUUUUUUUCUUUCGGUGGCGGUUAUAUUUUAAACUGUUUAAUCUAAAAAUGGGUAGAAAUUAAUUAUCAGGAAUCCACUAAUCGCACUACGACUGGGCGGAAACAAGAUUUCUGACAAGACAAUAAAUCUAAAAGCGUGGCUGAUACUUUAACUCAAUUCAGGUCAUGUCUAGACAUUGGAUAAGUUCAAUACGAUAAGCCUGAUAAGAUAAUAUCCAGGGGCUGUCAGCAGUCUCUUCUAAUACCCUGCCUCAUUAAAAGGGUUGCAGGUCAGUCCAUUGAGGGUUUCACAUGUUAAUCAACACUUAAAAAGGAGUAUAACCUACACCAGGAAAAUAUCUCCUAACUUGGUGGUCUGAGAAAAAUUCCAUUUGUUUGAAAUGUAGUUUACGGUAUUUGUACUGAUGAACGUACCCUUUUUUGCUCAUAAUUUUUGAACCUGAGCUAAAGAAGGUUUCAUUUUGUUUUCGCGGGAUCUAAUUUCACGUAAUUUUUAGAAACUUGGCGGAUUUUCCGACAAUUCGAGAAAAUUAGAUCCCUCGAAAAAGAAACUACAGCGAAACUUUACCCCUUUUAAAAUUUGAACUUCACGUUGACUGACUGCAACCUACAAAGAGACUUACAAAUAGCAACUCAAAAGAGUCAUUUAGUAAAGAAGAUUCCAAAACUCUGAGCAAAAUUUGAGACGAAAAACAAAAACAAUUUUUCAUCCGAAUCGCUUAAAGUUUAUCAGUUUUGUGAAGUGCCAGGCUGCGUAACACAAAAGUUGUUAGUAGGUCGAUGUCCCUCGUCCUCUCAUCCCUAUUCAGACUAUUCAGAGGUUUUUUUGUUUGAUAGCAAUGGCCUCCUUGACGCGGCGCUUGAUGAUGUUAUUUUCGACGGAUGGUACUUUUAUGUGUCGGUUGAUGUUGUGACCUGCCGCCCGGCAGUGCUCGAAGACGGCUGAAGUAUCAUGUAGUUAUCCGGGCAUUGUUCACAUUGGAUGUGAUAAACGACCUCGCACGUCAUUAAUUUUUCUGUUCGAUCCUUUACAUUCGUUACUUGAGUUCGCAGUGAGUGGAAAAAUGUCGUACGAGCGGUCUUAAGACCUCUUAACGAUAAACCUGGUAGAUUUGAUAUCGACUUUUACAAUACAAGGCCGGGGCUUUAACGUGUUUUUCCGCAAAAGAACUUACAACUAUAUCCGCGACACUCAUUCUACCUCUGAAAUAGAAUUUCGCGAAAACUUGUUCCCGCUAAACGCAAACCUCAGUCGACGGUCAUCUCCGAAAUUAAACUAACACGAAAAUUCUGCCAAACACAACUGAAUUUUGUGUUUUGGUGAAUCAUCUUUUUUCUGUCAAUCCCAUAUAUUAUUUAUUCCCUUCCGCCGGUUUCCGUAAAGUUCGUUAUCUUUAUCACAUAAACACCCGUUGAAGCGCGUUUUUCUGGGAGGUUUCAGACAGGAUUAGACGGAAAGCGUAAUUGGAUAGCACCAUAUUAGUGUUAUUAUAUUUUUUACUAUAUCUUCUCAUUCCAGCAGACAAGAAAUGCUAUUUGUGAGUCCUGAUAUAAGCACAGGGAUUAUAACUGGCGCGGGGUUUAUGUCAUUAUAGUCGAGUAUAGAAAAUGCUUAGAGGUGGUAGAGUUAAAUUGCUGCAUUUUCGUAUACAUUUGGCCGAUAGAUUCAGUGAUCAAACCCUGUUGAAGAAAACUGCAUCGCUCGCAUGAAAUAUAAGGAAGUAUUAGUUAGGCAUCUCGUGGACAUGACCUUUUUUUGCUAAAACUAAGGCCUUUUGUUCAUUGCCUCUUUAGCUCCAACAAAGGAUAGUUAGAACUUACCAACAAGGAAAAUGGCUACAGCGGGUGACAGCAUUGGACAGGCGCUUUCCUUCAUCGCAUCAGCCAAUCAGGAGCUUAGAAAACAGCGUUCUGAGGAGGCUGUAACCCUCUUCUGCAAAGGAUAUGCCUUGGAGCCUGGCCUGGUCAAAGAUCACCUGGUCACCUUGCCACGGAACCACUUACAGAGCGUAAUUUACACACUGGAAGACUGGUGCGUGUGCUGUGGCGGAGACUCUGAGCAACUGCUAUCGAAUUCUGAAAUAACUUUGUCUGUUGAACAAAUAUGCGACUUUAUUACGUCACCGGGUCUCCGCCCUGAUAGUCGUGUGGCAUGGUCCACGAAGCUGAGGUCACAAAUGCGAAAUAAUAACUACCUUGAGGCGGUUAAUACCUGUCUUCAAGCAGUGAAGGUAUUCGCCGAUCAAAACGAUGUCGUGUUCUUUUUAGUUGAACGCGCUGUUGCAUAUCUGUUUCUUAAAGAGAAGAGCUUUGCUGUGCAGGACUUAAUAGCCGCGUGUGACAAGGACUUUGAUGCUGCUUUAGCAUGCAUCAAGGAAUCUGGAGCGAAACUACUUCCCGUCAUUUUAGAAGCGCUGUACGAGGUCAUCGCUAAGUUUGCGAAAAAGUCGGAAAGCCACAGUGUGGAAGAGCGAUUCUUGUUGAUCAAGAUUGACCGCAUCGUUGUCGGUUUAAAUCCCGAAGACACCAGCACACUGGAAGACUGCGCUGGUCACAUGAUUAAACUUAAUCAGUACAAGGAAGCUGUAGCUUUGCUGUCUGAUGGAAUAGAUAGGUUGUCAUGUUCUGGAAGAAGGGAAAUCGAAUCCGUGGAGCUGUUACUUCAAAGAGCGCAGUGUCAUUUGGCUCUUCAAGAAACCGAGCUUGCUGUGAACGAUUACCUUAGUGCGGCGGGCCUUGAUGAAGACAUGACACGAAUCACCAUACUAGCAUUACCAGGUGCACAGCAGGAUAACAUUUCCUCGUUUGCAAAACAAACUGCAUCAGAGCUGCUGUCUCAUUUCCGUCUUAAGGCGAAACUGAACAGCGCAUGCUCAUUUGACACGAGAAACACUGCUGAAAGUCUCCUCAGAGCAGCACUUAUGUACCGGCUUCUGUAUGUCAUGGACAGAAAUAACGUUGAUGCGUUGAUUAACGCUGCGGAGUGCCUGAAACUUCAAGACAAAGACGCGGAAGCCGUCAACACACUCAACCUGGUACUUUCACUGCGACCAACCUGCUCGAAAGCGUACUAUACGCGUGCAUAUUGCCAUAUGAAAGCCGCUGAAAUGGCAAGUGCGCUCGCAGAUUUCAAUACUACCUUAGAUCUCCAGCCAAGCUUUGUGCAAGCGCUUUGUGGCCGUGCAUUUGUUUGGCUCAUGGGCGGACAAUUGGAAAAAUCUGCCAAGGACCUGAAAGAUGCUAGUGGGAUAUCAAUAGCUGCUACGGUGACUUGGAUCACGGAAUUAUCAGAAUACGGACAGCAAACGCUCAAAACUCAGCUGAAAGAGUACUUGGUGACGACUUUAAAGAAACGCCAACAGGGAGAAAAUUCGCGCGUGGAUAGCUCUCUUAUUCCUUUGGGUGAUGUCUUAACCCGCGCGUUUUCUACGGAUUUCGAGUGCCAUCUUGUUUUCGUGGAAAUUUUACUGGCACUGUGUAAAAUGGAUGAGGCUCAAGCUAUUCUUGUUCGUUUAAUAAAACAUAACCCCGAUGAUUACCUCGCUACCUUGCAUCUUGCCGCUUUGAAAAUGAGAAGAAACAAAACAUCCGACGCGUUGGAAGAUAUUUUUAGUCUUCUGAUGGCGAUCGGCGAGGAGAAGCUAACGAGCUCCAUGUUGAGGUUGACCGAGGAAGAUCGCGCGCGCUUAACACGUGAAGCGCAUUGCGAGGGAAUUCAGAGGUUUAACGCGUGCUCCGAAAAUCUCUCUGCCCAAGGAUAUUUCACCGUGGCCAUCGCCGCCUCCCAAAACAAAGCCUGCGAAUCUUACGUAUGGCGCGCAAAAUUGAACAUUUUGAAGGGAGAGCUAGACAUGGCCAUAAAAGACUUAGAUUAUAUACUCGCUAUAAAGCCGAACUAUGUUGAGGUAUUGUGUCAGCGUGGACUCCUUUUCGCUCAGAAGAACAAUUUGAAACAAAGUUACCAAGACCUGUUACAAGCAUUGCUUCUCAAUACUCAGGCGCUCAAAACUUUCAUUCUAUCACUUGCGGAGAAUCGCAAACAACUACUUUUAGCAAGGCUUGAAGAUUGUGCUCAGAUGUUGUUUUCUCAUUAUCUAUCACGGGGUUUUCGGUCGAAGUGCAUUUUAAAGCUCUGCCAGUUGUUGGUUCAAGUGGGUGCUGACGUAGUCUCAUAUCACAGCAUGUACGCUGACGGUUUGAUCAUCUUCGAAGAUUAUCAAAAAGCUGCCGAGGAGCUUGAUGUCGCUGAACGACUCAGUCCCGGAGAUGCCUCGGUGCUAAGCCGAAGAGGACUCGUCCAUGUCAAACUGAAUGAAAUUGAGAUUUCGGCGGGAAAGUUUCAGCGAGCAGCCGAGAUAGAUUCAGAAGCAGUAACGUUUGCACUUGCUACCUUGAACUCGGCACAGAAGGAAAGUCUCGUAAGAAUCGCGAUCGAUAAAGCAAAUGAACACACCCGAGUGAACAAAAACAAACAAGCCUUGGGCUAUUUCACUCUCGCAGUAGCCGCCUCUGAUGGUCAAUGUAGUACUACUCAGCAGCAAGAAAUCUUGCGCAUGCGUUCUAAGUGCUUUGAACGUCUCCGGGAGUAUCAGCACGCUAUUGCAGACAUGACGAACGUCAUCACAUCCGGGACACCCAUAGUAGGCGAUCUCGUGGCACGUGCGAAUCUCCACCUACUCAAUGACAAUUUUAAAGGCGCAUCUCUUGAUUUUGUUGUUGCUAUGGAUACCCAGGAAGUUACAGCCAUAACUUUGAUGUCAUCCUAUCCGGGCAAAGAUGCCGUCAUUAAAGCGUUCCUUAAGGCCGCUACGGCUGAUCUAAACUGCAAAAAGUUUUCCGACGGACUUACGAUUUGCACUUACGGUUUGAGACUGGAUCCUAACAAUGUAGAGUUAAGAAACCUAAAGCGCAAGUGUGAAUUUGGAGUAAGCAACAAAUGUUUUAUUCAGUAA